CAGCAUAAAUAAACCAAGUCGAACGCUGGGGCACGAGCCCGAGCAGUCCACCCUCUCUACCCACGCGCUUGCUCAAGUGGGUACGCAUCUUCCACCCACCAGGCCGCCGGCAAUCGGGACCGAUCAGCGGCGUCUCCGGCGAGAUGACACACGGCCAUGGUCACCACGGGGGCCAUCACGACCACGGCGGACAUCACCAGCCCCUCCCGCAUCAUCACGAGCAGCACCACCAGCCCCAUGGCCACCACCACCAUCCCCACGGUCAUUCGGUGCCGGUGAUCCCGAUCCUCCCCCUUCCCCAUCAUCACGACCACCACCACCACCACCAUCCCCAUGGCCAUCCUGUGCCGGUGAUCCCGAUGCCGGCCACGUACUCGUACCUGCCGACGACGGUCGGGACGCCCCUCCUCGAGCACAGGCGGCCGCCGUCCAGCACCCUGGUCGGACUCCUCACGUGUAUAUUCUGCGUCGUCCUGGUGGUGGUGCUGAUCGUCCUCUUGUCCUAGUACGGCGGCGUGAUCCAUCCAUCGACGGGCGCCUUCGCCGGUGCAUGCAGAUCAAUUACUAGUAGUACUUCUUACUUCUGUGUCUGUUUGUUUGAAUACAGUAACCUCUUGGUGGCCAUGUGAUCUUGUGUGUGUGCGUGCGUGGAGACGUACCGAUCGGUUUGAUUGGCACUGUGUAAUUUUAAUAUACUGCUAUGACUAUCUGAGUGCGCGUUAAGUUA